AUGGGAUGUAAAGUUAGGCAGGCCAGUAAGGAGGCGAGAAUCAGUCUCCAAGAACUCAGAGACGUCCAGAGAAGUCAUCUGCUUUCACUUAGACGGGCAGAGGAGGCAAACAAGAGAAGAAAGUUGAAGGCAAGAAAGAGGGCUGCUUUUGUGGCUAACCCAUUCAAGUUCUCAAAGUCACUCUUCAACAAAGAGAAAUCGGGCAAGCUCCAGAGCAGUAUAGAGGAGAUACAGCAAUACCUUAGGGAUACUCACUCCGAUCAUCAGAGAGAAGAGCCUCUAGGCCAUUGCCCAAAACUAGAAGCAGAAACACCACCUAACACAACACUAGACACCAAGGAAUCGACGUUCCCAGAAGUGAAAGAAGUUGUGAGGAAGGUUAGAGCCGGCUCAGCACCAGGAGCUAAUGGAAUACAUGCUAUAAGCCAACAGAUCCGAGAAGCCAAGGUCACCAGCGACUUAACAGUGGUUUGGCUGGACCUCGCAAACGCCUAUGGUUCUUUACCACACCAGCUGAUCGAGGAAGCUAUGAAGCAGUACUACAUUCCUGAACUCAUACAAGGAAUCAUGGAUGAGUACUUCAAUGGCAUACAGCUGCGCUUUGCAGUGGGCAACAGAAUUACAUCUUGGCAAAAGCUAGAGAAGGGCAUCGUCACAGGUUGUACCAUCUCCGUCGUCUUGUUUGUAAUGAGAAUGAACCUCAUUAUCAACGCAGCUAAGAGGGAAACCCGAGGUCCUAAAACUGCAUUCGGGAUGUUCCUAUCAGCAAACAGAGGUUUCAUGGACGACUUGACGGUUUCAACAAAGACUCAUGUUCAGGCGAGAUGGGUGCUAUCCGCACUGGAUGAGGCUGCCACAUGGGCAAGAAUAAAAUUCAAGGCAAAGAAGUCGAGAAGUAUGGUCAUUAAAAACGGACAGACCACAAAGAAGUUCAACUUCCAGGUUCAAGGAGAGGACAUACCAUCCAUUGUAGACAGUCCAAUCAAGUGCCUGGGCAAAUGGUAUGAUGCAAGCCUGAAUGAUGCCAACAACAUACAGCGCAUCAAAAACCAGCUACAGGAAGGGCUGAAACAGAUUGACCAGACUGGCCUACCUGGGAAAUUUAAGGCAUGGCUUUUCCAACACGGGCUCCUACCCAGAUUGAUGUGGCCCUUAAUGCUUUACGAAAUAGCAACAUCAACAGUAGAAGGCUUGGAAAACAAACGGUCAGCAGAUACCUGCGUCGAUGGCUAG